AUGGGGAACCUCACGGUGUCCGAACUCCACAAAGCCCUCCCGAGGGGCAACUACUUGGACUGGCUCGUGGUGGAUGAUGUACUCCACCACAUCCUCGUUGACGCAAAACACCUCACAAAACCGAUCAGGCACCUCCGCGUCCGUAUGCAACUCGAAGACCACCUCAUUGACCGCCUCCCACAACCUCCGCUCUUUAUCCACUCGGCCUACGACGCCAACAAAGUCAACUGCAUGCUCUACCUCUUCCGACGCGCUGCCGCAAGCGCCGCCUGGUCCUGCCCGCCAACGCCGCCGCGGGGGGAGCUCGGCACCUUCACUAAGCUGCUCGCGAACGUGAUCAGCAGACAUUUUGUGGAGAUCAACGUGCGGCGCCCCGGGAAGCCGGAAACCCGCCACCAGUCCAAUUGGCGGUAUUAUUAUACGGACGAUGGGGAAGGGGGAAAGGUGGUUUGCCGGCUGCCGCAGGGCAUGUACGGUGCGUUCGUGGAUGAGAUCAGAGACAAGAGGGUCUAUUAUCGUCGGGACAAAGAUGUGCUUCAGCCGCUGUGGCCGGAGGCGGAGAGCAUGAAUGUGGCGGUUCGGGGGUUGAGGGAGAAGGUCGGCAAUGUGGUGGAGGGGGAGGAGGCGUGGUUGCGGGCCUUGUUUGCGUUGAUGCAUCCGGGUACUGGGCCGCUCGGGGUAAGAACCCUGAUGGUGUUGAUGGUGUUAUCUACCCUGGACACGGGAAAUCCGGCUCUGAACGGCAGUGUAUGCAUGGGACUUCUCUUGGAGGAUGAAGCAUCUCGUGACCAAGAGUCUUCUCCUGGAACUCCAUCAAGAUCUCCCGAACUCGAUCGACAUUUUGAAGAUGAUUUACACUCGGAACCCGAAAUCCCACCAACACCGGUGCCAACGCGCGGAACCCGAGACCUACACGCCCGCGAACCGCAUCCCUCCACUAACAAACCAACUCAUGGCCGCAUAUUCAUCCCACCAUGGACGAUACCUCAGAUCCCACCACCACCGCAACCACAGCCGACAAUAACCCCUGCCCUGGGCGACCGCGACCCGCCGCCCGCCAAACCGUCUAGCUCUCGUUCCACCUGA